AUGUCCACCUUCUCCACCCCCGGCGCCAUGUCCACCGCCGGUCGUCGUGGUACCUCCACCGCCUCCCCCACCGCCGCCACUCCCUCUUCCGCCUCCGCCAGUCAUCUGCCCCGUGCCGGAACCAAAGCCGCCCUCACCACCCAUCUAGUCAUCAUCGGGGAGGUCGUCCAAGUCCUCCCGCUCGAGCAAGUCAAGCCGGAAGAGCCGGAGCCGGAGCCGAAGCCGAAGCCGACGUCGGGAUAG